UGCUUACCAUUUCUUCAUCUCCACCAUCUCCUCUCCCUCUGCUGUCUCUUUCUCUUCAAAAUUCACACUUUCAAAUUUCUCCUUAAAUAGACCAUCAACCCACUAGACCAUCUUACUUUAUUCCCACUCUAACCCACCAAAACCACUCCCUCUUCCAGUUCAAUUUCAAUUCUCCUGCUCCUGAUCCCAAUUCCACACAGGGUUCACCCAGUAUAUGCAUUUGGGUGCUUGAGAAUGGAUCCUCCACUGAUCAAUGAGAACUCCUUUUCUGCAGCAAACCCAUUAUCCUAUACCCUUGCUGAGAUGUGGCCCUUCUCAGUCAACCCGGGUUCUGGCCCUAAUGUUGCUAUUGGAGGUGGGUUGGGGCUCAGAAUGGGAAAUCUGGGCGGCUUUGGGGAGAAUUCGGGUCUCCGAGAUGGGUCCAUGGAGGAAUCCACAGUAACUGAGCAAAGCGGUGGAUGUGGAGGGAGGAAGAGGAGGGCCUUAAGCUCCGAGGAUGAGUCUUCCAAGAUUGUUUCCACUACUAGUAGUGCAAAUGACUUGGUGUGUUUGUUUCUUUCUUUCCACUUUCCUCUUGAUUUUGAAAUUUUAGCUCUUUUUUGGGAUUUUUUUUAUUUUUUUAUUUUUUAUUUUUUUGAGUUUGAAUUUCUAUUUAGUUGGUGAGAAUGUAGAAAAAGGAAACUUGGGCUAGGGAAGAACUGAAUGAUGGGUUUUCUCUGGUGAGUUCAAUUCUGUUGUGCAAUUUGAUGCGUGAGUUAUUCCUUUGUUGAUUGUGAUCUCAAGUAAGUGACUGAAAUUUGGAAGAUUGAGAUUAAGAGGAGGUAGCUCAGCUGUUUCUUGGGUUUAAGUCAAUUUCAAUCAAGUGAUGAUAAAUUUAACAUUUUUUUUUAAGGCUCAAAACAAUUUUCCUCUUUUCUAAAUCAACUUGGUAAAUGACUGAUGGUUAGACAAUCUGUAUUUCCAUGGGGUUUGAUUCCGGAAUAUUCCUUCAUAUU